GCUCUCGACAUCCCCCAAACUUCUCGACGACACUAUCACAUGCCUCUGAUACGCUGCCUGUGCGCUGGCCGACACAUGGCCAAUGCUUUGGUCCACCCGUCAAGGCCCCUUACUCAAAGUUCCGGUACAAGUUCAUGGUCCAGACCAAGCAGCUGCCAACACGCCGAUCGCUCAUCCUGGUGCAUCUGUUCACCCUGGGCUUUGUGACGUUCGCCUAUCUUGCCCUGGGCACGAUCCACUACCCAUACCAUGUCGUCACGUACCUGUUCCACUUUGUCAAAUGCAGCCAACGGCUAUUUGAGACCCUGCUCAUCGACAAGCAUUCGAACCCGACCAUCUCCAGAGGCGCCCUGGCCUUUAUUCUCUCCGAGCAGAUCAUUCUCGCGGGAUUCAACUGCUACAGCGUCCUGUGUCUCGACGGCGAUCGCGACGGCAACUUGAUUGAGCUCGUUUUCCCGACACCGCUGGUAGCCUUUGCCCUGGGCGCGGGAAUCUAUCAUCACCGCCUGCUUGCCAAGCUUCGGCGGCGGAAACAUGAGCCUUCGCCGAGCCAGAACCGAAGUCGGCCAUACCGGAUACCCAAGGGCGGGCUGUUUGUGUACACGACGUGCCCGCAUUACUUUUUCGAGCUCCUGAGCUGGUUGGGUUUCUCGAUGAUUGCCCACCGACCCACCGUCUAUGGGCAGACGCUCUACAUUGGACUGAGCAUGUACGGCCGAGCCUACCAGACCCGGAACUGGUAUCGAAACUAUGUCACGAACGGAUACCCGACAGACCGCACCUGUCUGAUACCGUUCAUCUCAUGAGCUCAGAGUGUGCAAAGACAUGAGUCUCCCUGCGGCGCACGGUCCUGGUUUCCUGCUCCAGCGCCUGCUCGCUCGCCCGGCUGACUCUCUGGCUUCCUGACGACCUGGACUGCCUGGCUGCCUGACCGUCUGGUUUCUUGACUGCACAAGCCGGUUAUUCCCAUCAAACACCAUAUCAUGGAGCUGCACCAUCAACACCGACACCGACACCA